UCCCCGCUAUAACGCUGCUCUCAGUUCUGUUCCGUCACGCCACAGUAUUGUGCUAGGCCUACGCUUCAGUUCUGUUCUGUCGUGCCACUGUAUUGUUGCUUGAAAAUGUCACAAGUGAACAGUAGUAUCAGUAGUUCUAGUGAUCGUUUAUCGCUAAUGAAACUUCGUUUUAGUGCCGAACUUGUAAAAAUUCGGAAUGCAAGUGCUAAAAAUAGUGUUUUUUUGACUGAAGACGACUAUAAGAAGCUGGUGUUGGAGGUCGAAGAUGCCAAGGCCAAGCCCAGAAAGGAACCUCGUCACUACUGGCUACUCAACAGGUAUGAUGUAAUGAUCGUAGAAAAUGUGCAAAAACUAAUACACCCAUUAAAACAAGGAGACAGUGUUGUAAAAUUUUAUGUCCACGAUUCAGAUUUAUUUACUGUUCUCCAUGAAGCUCAUGUAGCUAUUGGUCAUGGUGGAAGAGAUCGAAUGUUAAAAGAGCUAGAUAUUAAGUACAAAAAUGUUACACGUCAUGAUGUUGAGCUAUAUAUUAGUUUGUGUGAGCCAUGUCAGAAGAAACAAAAGGGUUCGAAAAGAGGAGUGGUAGUAAAGCCCCUGAUUUCAUCAGAAUUUAAUUCUCGUUGUCAAGUAGAUUUAAUUGAUUUCCAGUCACAGCCCGACAGGGAGUUUAAGUUUAUAAUGGUCUAUCAGGAUCAUUUGACAAAAUUUGUGAUUCUUAAGCCUCUCAAAACUAAAACCGCUGAGGAAGUAGCAUAUCACCUAGUUGAUAUUUUUACUCUCAUUGGAGCACCAAGUAUAUUGCAGUCAGACAAUGGAAGGGAGUUUGCAAACAAAAUAGUUUACAAUUUAAAAGAUUAUUGGCCUACGUUAAAAAUCGUUCAUGGCAAACCACGUCAUUCUCAAAGUCAGGGUAGUGUAGAACGUGCAAACCAAGAUAUUGAAAACAUGAUUUCGACUUGGAUGCAAGAUGAAAAAACUGACCGUUGGAGUGAGGGAUUGAGAUUUGUGCAACUUAUGAAAAAUAGAGCUUUACAUUCAGGAAUCAAAAGAACGCCCUAUGAGGCUCUCUUCGGCUGUAAAGUAAAGGUCGGUCUUACAACAUCUUCUCUGCCUCGAGACAUUUUGGAUUCCAUUAACAGCGAAGAAGAUUUGGAAAGAGUGGUUAAUAACAUGCACACAACAGAAACACAAACAAUGUCAAGUCUAGAACCUCCACUCCAAACCGAUCAUAACACUUCAGAAGUUAAUGAGGCAACCGUUGAUGUCUCGGUCAGUUCUAGCCUUCUACAAAUGUGUAGCGUUUGUUUGCAGCAAACUAAUGAGAAACAAAACUGCACAAAAUGUUUAGCGGACAUACAUAUUUCAUGUGGCCAUUCAAUUCAGGGGUGUGAUGAUACUGAAAAAACCCUGUUGUGUGUCCCUUGUUUUAAUUCGGAAAAUAUUGAUAAAGAGAGGAAGAGGUCAAAAGCUUGUCUUGAAAAACAAGCUAAGAAAAUGAAAGCUAAUUCCGAUAAAAAGUUUCCCCCCGUCACCAAAGGAGUCACUGUUCGUGUUCCAAUUCCUGACGUUGACAAAGGAAGAGGUGACUUGAGAAAUAUUCUGGCAGUGGUCAUGGAUACGACAGAAGAUGGGUUUUACAAAUUAGGGACCGCCAACGGAGUUUUGAAACAACUGUACGCAAGGUCACAGUUUACAGUUUGCCAAAAAAGCCUAGUUCGAGUAGAAGACGUGCCUGAUCAAGAAACAGGACUUCGUACCGUUGCAACAGCUCAGUCAACAGGAAGCGGCCAAGGAUUUGUGAGAUGCACUUGCAAAACUAAAUGUCAAACCAAACAAUGUGCUUGUGUUAAAAACAAUCGAAAAUGCAACUCGAAGUGCCAUAGUUCUCUUUCCUGCUGUAACAAGUAAUUUCUUAAAUUAAUAUUUCACUUUUAAAUUUUACUCUAGUAAAAUAUGAGGAU